UACAAUUGGUGAAAUUGUUAUGUGAGCAGAUUUCAUCGCUGGAGGACUCCAAAAUUGCAGAUCUUUUAAUGCAUCCCUCGCAGCCGUUGCUCAUUGCAGCAGGGUUCGGCAUAGUUGAGAUUGUGACUGAGCUGGUUCGCUCUAAUCCUGAUUUGAUAUGGACAGUUGAUGAGAAAAGCCAUAACAUUUUUCAUGUGGCAGUUAUGUACCGCGGAGAAAAGAUAUUUGACGUCAUUCAUGAUCUCGGGGCGCAUAAAGAUAUGAUUACUACUUACAAAGACCCCGACAACAAUAAUAACUUGUUGCAUUUGGCGGCAAAGCUGGCACCUCUGGACCAACUUAACAGCGUGUCUGGGGCAGCUCUUCAGAUGCAGCGGGAACUCCUAUGGUUCAAGGAGUCCUUCUCUCUCUGCAAUCCCCAGUUCAUUGAGAUGGUUGACAUUGUUCCUAUACUGCAAAUAGACAUGGUGUGGUGCUAUUUCGUGGUUCAAGACAUCUCAUCACUCUCUCUGGCUGGAAUUCAACUGCAAAAGGCCAGAGAAGGGAUUGAGCGUGCUCAUUAGAGCUGUUGGAAGGAGUGGUAGCUUAUCACAGAUAAGUUAUUGAGCUGCAGGUGCCAGAUGAAUCUUUAUCACUAGUCAUGAGCAUGGGCUUUAAGGAGCGUAA